UAUCUGUCAAAUCGUACAUAACCAUAACCUUAUAGUUUUGUUAAUUAAGAUGACGAGCAAUUUCAACUUUAAAAUUCGUCAAUAAAUAUCAAUAUCUAUUUCGAAAUGGCCGAAUCUGUUUUCGGUUGGGAUUUACUUUACAACAGCGUCGAAAAAGAUAUAAAAAAUAAUCAAGAUAUUUUGAUCUGUCUUACGCAUUUGGUUUUGGUUUCGAAUGGGUUUAGAUGCAUUGGUUUGGGAGAAUCCAAGAUUAUAGACGGCGAUGAACCUAAAUCUGAAUCUCUUCCGAAAAAUUGGAAUGAAAAUUAUUCUAUUAGAUAUGUUUAUCAAGGGAAAUUGUACAUUUUGAAAGCUACUCAUUUAGACGACGCAGUAAUGAUAAACCUGAUAAGAAUCGAUGAACGUACUGUAUCUUUCGUACAAUUGAAUACGAGAAGUGUCGCUUCCAGAUCGGGACCUUUAAGCGAAAUGAUACCUAAUCAUAAAGAUAUAGUGGAACAAAUUAGAACGCAGCUUAUUAGUAAAGUGAUUGUUUCUUCGAAAACAAAAGAAAACGCUAGUCAAACUGAAAAUCCGGGUCGAAGUAGAAGUGACGCUAGACAACAAGAUGAUCAUUUAAGGCGUUUUCCACCGACGCAACCCAUAGUUCCAGUGAUACCUGUAAUACCGAACAUCAAUCCUGGUAAUUAUGGACGUAGUGAUCUAGAUCCUCUGGGAGGUAUAGGACCGUUAGGAUUUCCCGCGGCAGGUGGAGGUGGGAUGUUGUUCAGACCACCAGGACCAUCUUUCGGUGGUGGAUUUGGCGGAGUAGUCCCAGGCGGGAAUGUAGGGCUUCCACCCGGUGCUGUUCCACCUGGCGCUAGAUUUGAUCCAUUUAGACCUCCAGAUCCUGAUCGUUUCCCACCAAGAAGACCUAAUAGACCUGAUAACGACGAAUUCCCGCCUCCAGGUUAUGAUGAUAUGUUUAUGUAGUCAGUGUUUUGGAUAGUUUUUUGAAUAACUUAUGGAAAAAAACAUUUUUUUUAUCAUAAUUUUUUAAAAAUAUGUAAAAUGGAUUCUGUAUUUUAUUUAUUCAAUAAAAUAGUUUUUGAGUA